CCACCGUAAACAGAACAGCCGCCCCCUUCCUGCCCCUUUUCUGACGUUGAGAGAUGGCAGGAUUGAGUUGCAGCGAAGACCAGUAUUAUAAAAAGGUUACAGAAAUUCAGCAAGAGAUUUAUGAAAGAGAAAAACGGAGACUGCAGCUGGAGAGGGAACUCUUUGUUUAUUCGAGAUCAGACAAAAGAAUCUCACAGAUAAACAGUUCCAAACUGCGCAGUUAUCUCAAAGAAAUCACUGACAGAGAAGUAGGAGCGAAAAUGAGAAACCUUGAGCUUCAGAGAGCUGCGGAGAGCAUAGAAAUUAGCAUGAGGGAGUAUCAUCCUGAAUGUGGCUCCCUGCAACAACAAAAGGCAGACUUUUUGAAAAAGAUUUCAAAAUAUAAAAAAGGAAAACAGAAACCGGCACCUAGGCAUGAAGCAUCAAAGGGUAUGUUUUUGUCCCCCGGUGUUCAGAAUGAAGGCGUGCACAUCCAGCAUCCAAAAAGCCACAUCUCUCAUCCAGGCAGGCAUUUUCCUCAGUCAACAGUGGAAACUUUCACGGACCACCAAAUCUCCAGAGACUCUGACAGUGAAACAGCCGACACAAGUGUUCGCUCGCACAAAGCGUUUCUUCGUUCACCCAAUCGCAGCGUGCACUCUCACGGACGUACACCAAGUGGCCUUUUGAAGGACUUCAGAGUUGGCGGAAAGGAUGGUGCCAGCAAGCAAACACAUUUAUCAGAUGACAUUUCAGGCUCAAACGGUUCCCUUGAUGGCUGUAAUUGGAGUAACAAACAUGAAAGAACGGUGGGGCUGCUCCCAUCUGUUCGUGCCUUAACAGGCGCAGCUGGCAGCAUAGCUUCUGGAAGUGAUGAUCAACAGGAAGCUUCACCUUUCGUGACCUUGAAGGGGUCGGAGAAGAAUCCAUCUCCGAGCAACGAUACCCCUAUGAGGCCUAAGCAUCCCCCUGCAGAAAGCAGAGACUCCCAAGAGGCUGUUCAUGAACCACUCAUAAUGGGAGAUGAACAGAGAGGUCUUGGUCAUUUGAUGUCUGAAACCACUUUGGAAAAAGAAGCUCAAGAGAGAUCAGGUACUCAUGAGAGUCUCAGUGCAUCAAGUUCUGAUGUGCAGUUAUCAGAAAGCAGUGCUAGUGACCUGACAUUAUCUCUGACACAAUCUGAGCUUGAAGACGAUGUUCCAGAUGAAGCAGAACUUGAAAGGGAGUCUUUAUUCGAAGGAAGGGAUCAUCACAAAGAGCAUUGUCUUCAAACAUCCCUCAACUCUAACGGAUCUAAUAACACAUCCCAGUUGGACAAUGAAUCAACAGGACCAGCGGUGACCUCAAAAGGUCUCUCCUUAGAGGGACUCUUUAAUCUGUUGGACGGCAUUGAAGGACGACUGCACGGUGAACAGACCUGUGUGUACAGGCACUCUACAAUUGAUGGAAGACAACUAGAUGAAAUGAUCAGCCUUUGUGACGAUGGAGCAGGCUUGAAUGAUGAGGACCUUGAAGCAUGUGGAGCACUCGUCCUUCGUGAGCUUCAGAGGUUGUCAUGGAGCACAGAGAAGGGCUGCCUGCUUCCACAGGAUGUUGUGAGCGCACAUCAGUCCAGCACUAAGCCUUAUGAAAUAAGUGCCAGCCUCCCGCCUAAUGCUGCUCGUCUGUGGGACCGCUGGUUCAAGCACGCCCUUGUGCUCAAGGAGCAUCGCGUCCUCAGCACUGAGCGCUUGGUCCAUCUGUUCACGCCGCUGCUGCUGCAGCGUCAUGCCACCUACAGCCAGCAGGCCAAAGUGUUGCUGAGGACACUUCUCUCCUGCUCCAAUGAGAAGAGACCCUCAGCAGACGACAAGAGUGACUUAUCUUCUUUGUGCAGUCCUUCAGCUGUGGCCGACAGAAAUGCAGAGCCUGUCGGAUCAAAACAGAAGCGGCAAAUCCAAGAACUACAAAGAACUGAAGAGGACAGCCCGGACGAAAGCUCUGUGGAAAGUGGUCCUAUUAGAGUGAAUAAUGGCCUCUUUUGCACAAUGGCUGAGGCAGGAUGAUCAAGGUGAAUCCAGGGUCAAAGUCCCACCUGAAGAGCUGCGCUAGUUCUCUGUAAUUAUCUCUGAGAAAACACUAGCCGUGUUUCCAGUCUUGUCUGCUGCAUUUGAGCAAGACACUUAAUUCGCUGUCCCAGCAUAAUGUGGUUGCUUUAAUUGUCAGGGCGCCAGGGUGGGCAGCGCCAGAGAUCUGUCGUCGGUUCUCAUUAUCUUCUAAACAAUACUCCGGGCAAGACUGGACUUUAAAAAUACUAGAUGUAACGGCCUCCUGGAAACAGUCGGCUUGCCCAUCCCUUGGCUGCACCUCUGAAAUGUAAAGCAGUCCUACGUUUGCCCAGAGCUCUCACAUAUCCAACUGGGUUUUUCAUGUAGCUGCAUUCCUAAGGUGCACAGCCAGCAAAAUGAGUCCAGUUUUCAAUCGCUGUACUUAAUCAAAAGAGUCAUAGUAGCUGUAAACAAAUAAAUAAAUAAUGACUAAAGCUUUUUGCAAGUGAAAGGAUUUUACUGUGCUGAGUGACAUCAGUGUCAAAAUCCAAUACUAAGAUCUGGGAGAACUGAUAGUAAUUACAGAGAAAUGCCAGCCUGUAGACCACAUGUAAAAACAGUGGCUGGCUAUGAAGUGAAGAAAGCUACCUAAAUGAAGGAGAUUGCUAUGCACUGUAAGAAAAGCACACUUUUGAGAAAAGUAGUACUAAAACUAUUCUAAAAGUUUCAGAUUUAGUCACUGAAUAUCACAAUUAUGUAGUAAGUUUGUAUGUCUCUAAAUCAGCUCCCAUUAAAGUCUCACUCUGAUUUAUUAUAAAAGUGCUCCCUGUUGACUUUCAAUUAUGAUUAGGCCAGUUUUAGCAAAAAUCAAGAAAACCUGUGUCGUUGUAGGCCAUAGUUUCUGCAGAGCGGCAGAAGUUCGUUAGAAAUUGGCCGCUCGGUUGUAGGCGGGACUGUUGAAGUCAAAUAAGCCCACCUCUUCUUCCUGUUAUCCAUCUGUUUGCACGCUCUCCCA